AUGCUUCAAAUAGUGUAUUGUCCAGCCGGUCAUUCUUACAAUAAUAAUCACAAAUCUAUUGGAUUUUGUGAGUCGAGUACUAAAGAAAAUUUUAUUCAAGAGUUCGGAACUUGGUCUAGUGGAAAUGAUUGGGAAUAUUUUUACAUAGGUAAAAAAGUUGCAUUAAAAGAAAUAAAUGAUUCUGAACAUGAUAUAUCUAAAUUUCUUAAAGAGGUUAAGAAUAUAAGGAUUAUGAAUUAUUGGCUUUACAUUACAAAAUAUUUUGGAAUUACAAAAAAUCCUUUCACUCAAAAUUAUAUUAUUAUUAUGCAAUUAUGUUAUGAUAGCUUACAUAAAUUUUUAACAAAAGCAAUCAAAUCUCAAAAACAUGAAUCUCCUCUAUCGUCAAGCAUAUCUCAUCCACAAUCUUGCUAUAUUAGCCGAUGUAUUCAUACUCUUCAUGGAUUACAUAAUUCAUUAAAUCUCAAG